AUGGCACUUUCUGUAGUGGCAUGGCUACAGCGCGCAGUGAGUCGAAAUAAGUCGACGGCAUUGCUGGCAGUCGCGCUCAUAUUUUUAUUGAUCAUCGUGCCGCUCCAAUUGCACCAGAAUGUGAGGACCAUGAUUCACGACAAAGCCAUCGAACUGAGCAAUGAAAUGGCACGACCUGUUGCCGCAUUGUCAGGGCAUUGGGGGAAUAAUAUUGAUAUCGACGCACUUGCGCGGAAGCCGCCGGAAAUGCAUGUCGACCGCUCGCGCACUACCCGCUGUACUGUUGCAGCGCCAGUGUACGACGCAAAGGGCAAACAGCGCCCGUUGGUGCAGUACGCUCUUAUGAUUGAUGCAGGCAGCACAGGAAGCCGUAUUCAUGUGUACAAGUUUAAUUACUGCAACGAUUCGCCAGAGCUGGAGCUGGAGCAUUUUGACCACUUGGAGCCGGGUUUGUCUUUCUACAAAAUGGAUUCCAGAGACGCUGCAGCUUCGCUGCGCCCACUUCUAGAUCGUGCCAUGCAAAUUAUCCCGCAAAAAUUGCAAGCAUGUUCUCCUGUGACAGUGAAGGCGACUGCUGGACUGCGACUGCUUCCAGGCACGCAGAGCACAGAGAUUAUUAGCGCAGUUCGUCGUUUGCUUGAGAAAGAUUACCCAUUUCCUAUUGCCGAUGGGAAUCAUGCUCCUGGUACCAGGGGUUCAGGCGUGGAAAUCAUGGAUGGACGUGAAGAAGGCGUUUUUGCGUGGAUCACUGUCAAUUACCUACUUAAUCUCAUUGGCAGCAAAGGCAAAGGCACGAAAUAUCCUUCGCGCACCGCAGCUGUGCUCGACCUUGGCGGUGGAUCCACGCAGAUUGUGUUUGAACCACGCAUGUCAGAGCCUAUGCAACAACUGCAUCCCGGCGAACAUGUGUAUGAGUUGCACGACUUCGAAAACAAGACGUUCACUUUGUAUCAGAAUUCCUACUUGGGCUUCGGUCUUAAGGAGGCACGUCAUGCGGUCAAUUCGCUCACUGCGUUUGCGCAUUUGCGCGCUCAUCCCAGCGCCGUACAUGUGCGAGACAAGCCAGAGCACGUGCCAGCUCCUUGGACUGCACUUUCGCCCUUCAAUACACGCAUUCCCAGUCCAUGUUACACUCAUGGCCAAAAGAAACAGACACUAGUGUCUUUUCCGACAUUCUCCUCACCUGCAAAUGUCACAUUUGAAGGCACAACCCGUGGCUUUGAAGCGUGUGCACGCAUUGUUGAGGUGGUCAUGGACAAAGACGCAGAAUGUGCGCAAGCCCCGUGCUCCUUUGCCGGCGUGUAUCAGCCUUCGCUGUCCGAAGCUUUCAAGGGCUCACCCAUUAUUGCACUGUCCUACUUUUACGACAGAAUUGCGCCUCUUGGCUUGGGCCCUACCUUCACGUUGGGCCACCUGAAAAACUUGGCUAAGCGUGUCUGCUCUACUCCCCCGUUAUGGAGCACGUAUAAAUCGCCGGCUUUUUCGGAGGGGGCGCUCGCUGAAAUGCAUGCGCGCCCGGAACUUUGCUUGGAUUUGACGUACAUGUACACACUUUUCAAGUUGGGCUACGAGCUGGACGAUUCACGCUCCAUCACUUUGGCGAAAAAAGUUGGCGACUUUGAAUUGGGAUGGGCGCUUGGGGCGCAGCUUGCCGUUCUGCAACAGGGGGUCUUGUGCAAAUAA